GAUCCAAGUGCUCAGGUUUGUAAUAAAAAGACUGCCAUUGUAGAAGAUAUCCCUUCAGAUGAUAGUGUUUCAAAUGACUUUGAACAGGAAUAUGGAUAUAGCUCUAUGCAAUCAAACGUUAAUGUUGAUCCAGACAUAUCUUCUAUUGUUAAGGGUAAAACAGCUGCAAUUGCUCAUGAUGUUGAUAAUUUUCCAACAAGUUCUCAAUUGCCACCAAAGAAACCAAGAAAUGUACAAUUUCCCACAGUUGUGCAUGCUCAAAUCAAUGCUAAAGCUCCUUCUAAAGUUUCUAGCAUUGUUCAAAAUCCUCCAAAAGCUUCAAGAAAUGUUCAAGUUCGUUCUAGUGUUCCGAAGAAAGUUCAAGCUCCUUCUAAUGUUCCAAGAAGUACUCAAGGCUGUUUUCGGAAUGUUCAAGUUGAUUCUAGUAUUUCAAGAAAUGUGCAUGAUGUUCCUAAUGUUCCAAGAAGUACUCAAGGAAAUUCAAGGAAUGUGCAAGUUUCUCCUAGUGUUUCAAGGAAUGUUCUACUUUCUCCUAGUGUUUCAAUGAAUGUUCAAGGAUCUCCUACUGUUUCAAGAAGUACUCAAGGAGGUUCUCCACAGAUUUCAACCAAAUAUGAUAGGUUAUUAGCGUUUUUUGAUACUAGUGUGGCUAAGAGAUUGGCUACAAAUGGUAAAUAAGAGAGUAAAUCAAUAUGCAAUUAUGUUUUGGUGUUUAACUA